AUGGCGGUUGAGUGCAAUGGGAAAGGUGGGGCUGGAAAAGGGGGAGGUCCUGUAAUUGUCCCACCCGGCGCAAGAUCCCAGGUCAUCUAUCGCCUCAGAGUGGCAGUGCAGAACCACUAUCUUGACUCUCUUUUGAGCAAGAAAGACCAGGGCAAGGUGUACGCACUUGCUUCAGUUGGCGGGGCCUCGAAUCACUUUCUACGAAAUGGAAGUUUUACGAGGUUUGCCGACUGGCGCUUUGUGCACCGUGCAAGGCUGGAUGUUCUGCCGCUCACUGGAGCGAGAAGAUGGGGAGACCAGCAGGAUACGCGCUGUCGCCGAUGUGGGUAUACGAAUGAGACCCUCCCCCACGUUUUAAACAACUGUGGGCCCCACAUGGUCGCAAUAACAAGAAGACAUGACGCGACGGUCCAAAGAAUUGUGAAGGGCGCUAAGCUUCUGGGAGAAAUAAUACUCAAUAAAUCAGUCCCGGAGGCUGACGCGGGCUGCUCUCUUCUCAGACCGGACAUUGUCAUCAGGGAUGAGCGAUCUAAGACUGUAACGAUAAUUGAUGUCGCAAUCCCUUUUGAGAAUGGUCCGGAUGCAUUUCGUGUGGCCAGGGAGCAUAAGCUUCAAAAAUAUCAGCCCAUAGCCAAUUCCCUUCAGGAAAAAGGCUAUAAAGUGUACCUACAAGCCUUUAUUCUAGGUACACUAGGUACUUGGGACCGAGAUAAGCGGGCUGUUAUCAAACACCUGCGAAUCGGUAAGCGAUAUGCAGGGCUGAUGAUGAAACUUAUGGUCUCUGACACAAUCAGGUGGUCGAGAGAUAUAUACGUCGAACACGUUUCUGGUCAACGACAGUAUAGUUGA